AUGACAGAUCCGCGGGUCGCGUCACAGAAACACCCUCGCUCCCAACCUCGAUCUCAAGAUGCGCAUGAUGGCCUGGGCGAGUUCCGUUUUCCUCGAAACCAAACACAAGAGUCGGAGGCAUGGGCUGAAGAUCGCUUUCUUUUGACACCACCGGCACACACCUCCCACGUCGAUCCUAUACAGCAGGCCAUCUCCCACACCAAUAACCGCGCUUUUCAGGCGAAUCAACAUGCCUCGUUUCCGGGCGCACAGUUGUCAGCCUCCCCAGACCGCUAUCAAGCUAUUCCACAGGAGACAGCGCUUCUGCUCGGCGGGCUGCACAUCAGGACAGAUGGCAAUGUCAUGAAACGGUCGAAUUCAGGUCGAUCGGUGGAUUCAGACUCGCUCUUGAGGUCGAGCUCUUCUGCCUCAAGUCUUCCUCCCCGUCAUCCGAGUAUUCGAACGCAGCUCCAUUCGUCGGCGGGCUCUGUUUCCCCUGGUGCGACCAUUUCCUCUCCGCAGAUCGCUGCCAUGUUGGAUAUCACACCUCUGCCUUCUCCAACCAUUGGCACAUUCGAGUCGUUGCGAGCGCUGUCGAAAACCCGAUCUCGGGGCUCCUCUAUCUCUUCUUUAAAGUCUACCAAGGGAGACUCUUCAGCUUUGCCCGGUGCGACAGCGGCGGUGGGUACCCUGUCGCCUACUUCUCCUCGCCGUAAAGGAUACGGCGUGCUUAGAUCUCCCCCAAAGUCGAACCUUUCUGAUGAGCAGGGUGUUUCGAGUGAUGAGCCGCACCCUAGAAGUGUAAGUGAGUACGUUCCCGAGGCCCUAGCGGUUCCAAGACCGCGAAAUGUUGCGGUCUCAACCACUGGACCGCACCCUGCACUGACGGACACGCCGAUGCAUCGUGAGGAAUUCAUCGGUCCCGACAGGAGAGCCGCCAAAACGUAUGAGAGACCGGCAACUCCGCCCCCCGCCGCCCCUGCGACUAAGCCUGUCGAUGAGGAUGAACCGGCGGCCAAACGUCCGAGACUUCAGGUUUUCCACGCCAAAAGCAUCACCACUGGGGAAUCGAGGUUAUAUGAAGCAAUCCGUGUCCUUGGGGUGGGAACGUUUAGCAAGGUAUACCUGGCGGUGCGGCUGAUCCACCACGAUCGACAGGACAGCGUUGAUUACCGGCAAGAGAGCAUGAACAUGGCCGGAGUGAAAGCACGAUCUCGAAGACUGGUUGCUGUGAAGGUUGUUGAACAUGGGCCUGCGGGUGGUGCAGAUGCCAACCGAAUCGAAAUUGGGCUGAAGCGUGAAGUAGACAUUCUCAAAUCCAUUCAGCAUCCGUCUUUGGUUCACCUGAAAGCCUUUGGAACCGAUGGGGGUGCCCGGGCGCUGCUGGUCAUGAAUUACUGUCCUGGUGGAGAUCUCUUUGAGGUUGCUACCAAGUACCGAGAAGUUCUGGUCCCGACACUCGUCCGAAGAAUAUUUUCCGAGCUUGUUUCUGCUGCACGAUAUCUUCAUCAAAAGUUCAUUGUGCACCGAGACAUCAAGUUGGAAAAUGUGCUUCUGAAUAUCCCGGUACGAGUGCACCCCGAUGUCGAAGACUGGCAGACGCUCGAUCGAGCUGUUGUCACUUUGACCGAUAUGGGUUUGUCACGGCGUAUACCGGAACCACCAGAAAGUCCACUGCUCAGCACCCGAUGCGGGAGUGAAGAUUAUGCGGCUCCAGAAAUUUUGAUGGGUCAGCCCUACGACGGCCGCCAAACGGACGCAUGGGCUUUGGGUGUUCUUCUGUAUGCUCUGAUGGAGGGACGCUUGCCAUUCGAUCCCCUGCCUGGUGCAAGAGGAGAUCCGGCCACUUUAAGAGCGCGCACUCCUCACCGAAUCGCACGAUGCGAAUGGGCGUGGGUCAAAUAUGGAGACGAGGAUGGGAACUGGGAUCCCGAAAAAGGACGGGAAUUCGCUGGGGCCGACCUAUGUGUGGACGGGCUCCUGAAACGAAAUACACGACGAAAACCGCUGGCCGAACUCCGAGAGAUGCCCUGGGUCAAGGAGGGAAUUCAAGUCGACGGAGGUCUUAGAUGGGUCGAAGAAGAGACGCUGUAA